AAAAAGUAAAAAACCAAAAUCCAAUUCUAAAUAUUCUUUUCUCUGCCAUUAAUUCAACUCAAAUCCACUUUCUUUCCCACAUCAUCUUCCCUCUAUCCCUCAAGCUCCCUUUAUUUUUUUUCCUCUCUAGCAAACAAAGAAAAAAAAAACCAAAACUUUGUCACAAGGCUCAGCAAAAUCUGAGCCACAACCAGAAAAAGAAGAAAAAAACCAAAAACCAUGCCUGUUCUUACAGAAAGUAUUGAAUUGAGAAGACCCAGAAGCCAAUUUGCGGAGCUUAUCUCUGAAACCGAUCCAAACCCAUCUCAGACACAACAAAUCCCUUCCAUAAUCCAAUCCACUCGCGGCAAAUCUACCAUUUCGUCUCUCCUUCUCUCAACUUUUUCCAACAGCAACGGCAAUGAAACCGCCAUGGCCAUGAACAGCGUGAAGAAGAAAAACAACUUUUCUUCGGCGAGUUUCAGGGGGAUGGGAUGCAGUGCGGGAUCCUCACAGCAAGUCUCUGUGCCGGCGGUGAUCCGGACGUCGGCGGAUUGGGAAGGGAAGAAGGUGAGGAAGAAGAAGCAGAAGAAUAGUAAUAAGAAGAACAAGAGUAAGGAGGGGGGAAAGGACAGAAAUGCCCUCCUUGAUGGUGGUGGGCAGCAGAAUUGCGUGGAUUUUCAGGAUGUCUGGUGUGGGCCCGGCAUCGGGUUCUCGGCCGAUGCGGCGGCCUCCGUUGACUGCGUUGUCGCCACCAGGAGGAAUGCUGCUGGUGGGUCCCGUGGGAAGAUUGAUGGAGAGAAGAUGACUAGUGGCCACAGAGAGCGUUCUUAUUUAGCAAGGCGAGCCGUCAUCCCUGAGCCUACCCCAUUUUUUGAUACUGAAUCCGACUUCUUGUCGGAACGCCCUGGUUCGGAGGUUUUUGGUGCUAGGUAUUUUCGCCAUGUUCGACACCCUUCUCCUGAAGGCCUUGCUGAGAUAAUGAUGCUUCAUAAUGGUCUGCUAAUGGGUGGAAGAGUAGACAUGCACGAUCGAUUUAGGGACAUGAGACUCGAUGUUGAUAACAUGUCAUAUGAGGAGCUUCUUGAGCUUGGUGAAAGAAUCGGUUAUGUGAACACUGGACUCAAAGAAGAUGAAAUAGGUCGCUGCAUAAGGAAAAUUAAGCUCUCGAUUCCGAGUGAUUGGUCGCGGUUAUCCACACAAGCAGAUAGGAAGUGCAGCAUUUGUCAGGAGGAAUAUGAAGCAGAUGAUGAUAUUGGUAAGCUGGACUGUGGACAUGGCUUUCACAUAGAAUGCAUAAGACAUUGGCUUGCACAUAAAAAUACUUGCCCUGUUUGCAAGGCCGAAGCAGUGGCUCGGCGCUAAGGCCAUGGAAAACUCCUCCAAAACUUACACAGCAUUGCUGGUUUUCAAAACUUGUCAUUACCCCUCUACAUGGUGUAUAGAUUUCAUUUCCUCCAAGCAAUACAUAUUCUUUUGUUUGAAGCUUUUCCCCCACCCUAUUUGCUUGUUUUGAAAUGAUGGGCCUCAUUUAUAUUAUGGCAAUUCCCAUGUUUAUGAUCUUUACAAGUUACAACAAACCUUUUCGAAGUCA